GGCUUUAAAGUUUGUCUUCAUUCCUUUGAGGGGACGCUAGAGAUCAACAUGCGCUUCGGCACAAAGCCAUUGCUAAUUUUACAAAUAGGAUAAUUUAAACUGCAGUUUCUGUCUCAUCAUUUUCAUGUUUUGUACAUAUUAGUGCUAAACUCAUCGCUCUCCCCUGAGCGCCUUUCUCAGCGGUUCUGAUUAACAAGUAAUUGAGGGAAAAUGAAUCUGCCACGGGAAAUAUGGGUUUAUCUCCUCUCUUUGUCAGCUCUCGGCGUGCUCUACACCAUGAACAACGUCCCAGCUUUUCAGCAGCCACUGGUCAUUCUGGGGAUUGGAGUGCUGGUAAUGCUGCUGGUGUUUCUUGUGAUUUACCUCGCAGUCCGCCGCAACCCACCCAAAGAUCCCUUUUUCUACGUUUGUGCAGAGUUUUCCUUCACCUGUGUCAUUAGCCUGGUGGGUUCACUGGAGCACGAUGGCUUUACCUCUGGGUUCAUGGGAUUCUACCAAAAGACGGGAGAGCCCUACAUAGUCACGGCCUACGCUAUCAUGAUGGGCUACUGGGACGGCAUCGUGCACUUCCUCCUCUACCUCUUUGUGGUACAGCGCAUGGCCAAAGAAGCAUCGUACCGCCAUCUGGGCCUCUUCUGGGCCGGCUCCCUGCUGGCAAACAUGAUCGUGUUUGUGCCAGGAAUCGUCAUCGGCAAAUACGGCACGUCCAUUCGUCCAGCCUACUGGCUCAACUUUCCCUUCCUAUUUGUGGCCAUAUGGGGAGCGAUCUCCCUCUUCCGUAGGCCGAAGGAGCUGCCAGUCAUCCCAGCAGACAGGGUCGCGGCUGAACAGGGGAGGGGUCUCCUCUCGCGCCCCAUGGACUUGUUCCUGGUGCUCCUCCUGCUCGGAGGAGCGGGUUUCACCAUCUUCAGGGGCUUUGUGGUUCUCGAUUGUCCUCUGGAUACCUGUUUUACUUACAUCUACCAGUACGAACCCUACCUGAAGGAUCCGGUGGGCUUUCCACGAGUCAUGAUGCUGUUGUACGUGUUCUAUGCCCUGCCACUGAUGACUGUGUUCAUCUAUGGUCUGUGGACACCUGGCUGUACCUGGAUGCUGGACUGGAGUGUAUUCUUUGCAGGAGCAAUAGCUCAGUGCCAGUGGUGCCACACUGGGGCUUCCCUCCACUCCCGGACCCCGUUCACAUAUCGGGUACCGGAGGGGACCUGGUGGCCUGUCGUCACCCUAAACGUGCUGUACGCAGUGGUACCCCAACUGCUGGCUCUGCGCUGCACAGCCAGCCCCACCUUCUUCAUGAAGACUGUGCCCAAGGGACAGACCAACCACGAGAAGAAACACAACUAACCCCGCCUCAAACCCCGCCCCUUAUAACAAGGCCACGCCCCAACACCCCGUUACCCCAGCAGCAGCUCUACAGCGGGGCUGGAAUUCUGGAAUUCUGGAACACACAGCUAACUGUGAAAGCUUAUUUAUGGAGAGCUGUCCCAAAGUCAUCGUGUGAAUGACCUCUUCUCUGGAUUGUAAAACCGAGGCAGAUAACGAACUAUGCCAACUUGCCUCAAUAUCGCCGACUCGGCUUGGACUGUUGGACUGCUGGAAAUUAUCACCGCUUCCACAAACACAAUUAAUCUGAGUAACCAAAUGACUCAUCCUUGUAACCUUAACGUCGACAUCUACACUAAUCCUCCCCUCCCAGAUUUUAUAGCUCAGUAUAUCAAGGCUCUAACACCAUGUCAAUGUAUAUAGGAAUACAACACAAUCAAUGUGAUAGUAUGAAGAUAGUGAUGACAUAAUGGAAAGCAGUGACUCCAGUAAGUGACUAAAAGCAAGGGGCAUUCUGGGAUUGGGAACAGUGCAGUGUUAAUGCAGACAUAUCACAAAGGUGGUUUAUGACUGACAGCAGUAUCAUAUUUAGGCCUCUUCAGGAAAUAGAACUGCUAGAACCUGCUUUUGAAGAAAGGUAUUAUGUCAUAAUAAACCUGGCGAGCUGUGCUUCUGCAGACAGCAAGAUAUCGCCCCG